CCCACAGCUCACGCCUCCCUGCGUCCCUUUCCGCCGCGCAUGCGCACAGAGCGGAACGGCCUAUUCACGCAUCCAAAAAUGGCGGCCGCGAUGGAUGUGGACACCCCCAGCGGCACCAACAGCGGCGCCGGCAAGAAGCGCUUCGAAGUGAAGAAAUGGAAUGCAGUAGCUCUGUGGGCAUGGGACAUUGUGGUUGAUAACUGUGCCAUUUGCAGAAACCAUAUUAUGGAUCUAUGCAUAGAAUGUCAAGCAAACCAAGCAUCGGCUACAUCUGAGGAGUGCACGGUUGCAUGGGGUGUCUGCAAUCAUGCUUUCCACUUCCACUGCAUCUCUCGCUGGCUCAAAACUCGCCAAGUAUGCCCACUGGACAACAGGGAAUGGGAGUUCCAAAAGUAUGGACACUAGAGAGAUGGUCCCUGUACUUCAUAUGUUGUCAGCCUCCGUUGUUUGUGUCAGUAUGGGUUUGUCUUAGCAAGUUGACAAAUCAGUAAUGUAUACACUCUGCUUUAAUCUUAAUUUUGCCCUCUUGUGUACCACUGAAUAAAAUCUUGCUGGAGCUCCCCAUC